UUGGUGCUGGAGCCGCUGCACGUGCUGGUGCUGACGGGCAUCCUGGCGCUGGUGGGCUCCCGCGUGGCCGCGCUGGUGGUGCUGGAAUUUUCCCUGCGCGCCAUCUCCACCCUCCUCUCCCUCAGCAAGGGCGCCCACAGCAUCCAGCUGCUCGUGCUGUGCCAGUUCUCGCUGGGCUGCGGGCUGUCCUGCGGCCUCAGCUUCCUGCUGGAGGAAGCUCCCCAUGGGACCUGCAACCUGGUGCUGGCGGCGGGGCUGGCGGGGCUGCUGGCCGUGCAUGCCCGCCGCUUGGCUCUACACACCUGCACCCUGUAUGAGCUGCACAGCCGGGCACGGUACUGCGGCAUCUGCAUGUUGCUGCUCACCUCUGGGCACGGCGUGCCCCGGCUGCUGCGCAAGGCUCUGGUUGUCGCCUUCGUCGUGGCUGACCUGGCCGCCAUCGCGCUCAUCAAUCGUGAUUUCCUCUCGACGGCGGAGGCCGUCCGCUUCUGGACGCCGCUCACUAUCUGCUACACGCUGCUCGUUGUUUACAUGCAAGAGGAGCAGCGGUCAGGCACGGGCAGGCAGUCAGCCUACCAGACAGUGCUGGUGCGCAUGGGAGGACUCUUCAUCCUCCUCUUCACUGUGGGCCGCUGGACGGACCUCCUCCACAUCUUCCUCUCACUGCUGGGUGAGCUCUGGUGCCUGCUCCACACCGGCGCCCUACUAGAAGUGUGCCGGCAGCAGGAUUUCUCCCAGCUGCAUCGACCGACGUCAGGAUCGUCCUGAGGUAUAAGCAGGGAUGAAGAACUCAGAGCAGCUCCCUAAGUCCUCCCUGCUGUGCUGGACAGCCGCUAUGCAGACACGG